AUGGCCGACGCCCACCUCCCCUUCGCAGCAAUCCAAGCCCUUCCCGACAGCUACUGGGAAGAUGAGGCCUCGGUCAAUGGCAUCUGGAAUGGCCUCCUCGCCACCGCCUACCCGGGCACCAUAGCCCAGGCGCCUGCAUAUGUCAUCCAGCCCGAGGGCCAGGCCCUGAGCUCGCAGUCGAAGAGGCGCAACGACCUCCUCGUGCGCCAGAUCGACGGAGACCCGAGCAGAGGGAAGUUGAUUAUCCGGCUGGCCUUCGAGGGCAAGAGUAGCGAGAGCUCCUCCACCCUGCUGGCGGCCUCUGGGCAGCUUUUAGAAUAUCUCGACAAGGCGGGUCCGACGGCCCGUGGGGGCGACAAAGUCUGGUGUAUCGUGGCCAGGGGGACCAAGUGGAAGGCUUAUCAAUAUGACGGCAGCAAGAUGUGGCCGCUGUUCUUGAGUGGAUCGAAGCCAUCGAUCGCGACCAACGGGCAGGAAAUGGAUGUGAAGGCCAACCCUGACGUCGCCCUUCGCUGGCUAAGCUGGUUCCAGGCGAAUACCGGCCAUCGCGCGAGUAUGAAGAAGCAUCACAACGAGAAUGGAGUUCCGGAUCUCUGGGCAAUAUGCGCUGUCAAGUCUGAGUAA